UCCAGUUUUGGUCAUCUUUAUUUCCAUUAGCUGCGAUGGGCAGCUAACACCUCAGGAGAAGUUUCCUGAUGAGAUGUGUUUUAAAGUUAACGCACGAUUAUGUUUGUAGAGACAUAAAACAAGUUUGGACUGUAGACGGGGGAUUUUAUCCGCACACCAGCGGGGCUGCAGCAGGUGGAGGCUGCCGCCGCCGCCACGGACAUGGAAAACUUCAACUGGAAGCCGUUCGUCUACGGAGGGAUGGCCUCGAUUGUCGCAGAAUUCGGCACGUUCCCCAUCGACCUGACCAAGACCCGGCUGCAGGUCCAGGGUCAGUCCCAGUACAUGGAGGUGCGCUACAGGGGCAUGUUUCACGCCCUGUUCAGGAUCGGGAAGGAGGAGGGUAUCCGGGCGCUCUACUCUGGGAUCUCUCCAGCUCUGCUGAGACAAGCGUCUUACGGGACAAUCAAGAUUGGAACCUACAACUCUCUGAAGAGGCUGUUUGUCAGUCGCCCUGAAGAUGAGACCAUGGUCCUCAACGUCUUCUGUGGCGUGGUGUCGGGAGUCCUGUCUUCUUCUCUGGCAAACCCCACUGAUGUUCUCAAGAUCAGAAUGCAGGCGCAGGGCAGUCUGCUCCAAGGCAGCAUGAUGUCCAACUUCAUCAACAUCUACCAGACAGAAGGCACCAGGGGGCUGUGGAGGGGCGUUAUUCCCACGGCGCAGCGGGCAGCCAUUGUUGUGGGUGUGGAGCUCCCCGUCUAUGACAUCACAAAGAAGCACCUUCUGGGCUCUGGCGUCAUGGGAGACACCGUGUUGACUCAUUUCAUCUCCAGCUUUGCCUGCGGCCUUGCGGGGGCGCUCGCCUCCAACCCGGUAGACGUGGUGCGGACUCGGAUGAUGAACCAGAGGGUUUUGUCUGGAAGCCCCACCUACAAAGGGACCCUGCAUGGGGUGAUGCAGACGUGGAGGAACGAGGGCUUCUUUGCUCUGUAUAAAGGCUUCUGGCCAAACUGGCUGCGACUGGGACCCUGGAACAUCAUCUUCUUCAUCACCUUCGAGCAGCUGAAGAAGCUCCCGUUCUAACCCGAGCAGAGCGCUGGACGGCCGGGGUCAGAGGGGGCGGGACCACAGCAGCAGCCUGGAGUUUUCUCACCUACACACCGACAGUCCCUCCGCCACAUUCAUCCGUCGUCUGCUUAUGCUCCUUCAGUUUCUUUUGGGUUUUUUUGGGCUGCUGCUGCUGAAUUCUGAUGAAGAGAAGACCUUGGAGAGAAAAAGUGGUUCUUACUAAAGAGUUUAAUGACUUGAAAUCGGUAGGUGGAAUUAGACUUUUGAAACAAAUGUUUGUAUUUAUUGGGAAGUCCUGGAGUUUCCGAGCGUUUCGGAUGAGCAAUGCGUACAAAUCCUGAAUAUUGGGAGGUAACAGCUGACUGUUGGAAACGGCGAGACGACUGUUACAGCGGUUUAUUGUCAAACAGUGACUCCAAACGGCAGCGGAGUCAGAUGCCAUUCGCAAUAAUCAUCUCAUCUACAAUCUGUGGAUGACAUGAGACUGAAACGUUUGACAGUUUGAGCUUCCUGUCGCAGACUGGAGAAUCGUCUUAACACAACAUGACAAAAGCGCACAACUCUGGAUCAGAACCAGUCCUCAAAACCAGAAUCCUCAUAAACCUGAGGCCCCCAGCGGCCGCCUAUCGGUAAAAAACCCAAAGCAUUUCACCCCCUCUGGUGUUUCCACUGCUGUGGGUCAUCCAGAACAUCAUGCGUUUUACGAAUCAAGCUAACGGUCCCACUUUGACAGCCUCCUCUUUUAGCUGUGUCUGAGAUAUGAGGCCACCAACAUUCAUAGACAAUAAUAUCUAGUUGUGUUUGUGAAAACAUCCACUGCUUUACAAAAAGAAGCCCUUUUACAGAUGAAAGGGUUGUGGUCCUAAAGAUUUUCCCAUGAACUGCAACAGCUACUCUAACUGGACAUCGUUCCGUUAAAGAAAUGAACUGCAUGUGAGCAGAAGCAGACGCUCGUGGAGAUGUUUGUCCAGACGGGGCUUUUCUCAGAAUCAGGUGUUCGUACGACACCGUCUCUUCUUCCUUUGUGCCAAUAUUGUCUUCUAAAAGAACUGAAAUGUUCUCAGCUCUCUGUCACAACACUUCAGUCUCGUCAUGCUGCACAACCAGCCCGAACAAACGUUGGUCUCUGUCUAAAUCUGACUCCAUGACUCCACCCUUAAAGUUACUAUAAGCUCCACCCUACUGAGUUCCAGGGUCUUGGUGUUUAUAAAAUCCACUUUCAAACUGAUCGUUCUGUUGGACUGACGUUCUUUAAAGCCUUAAACGGUCAUGUGCAGAAGUUUUUAUCCUUCUAAGACCACAAAUCCACAUUUAGCAUUUCUAGCAUUGAGUGAUGAUGACACUCAGAGCGUCUCAAAGUAAAGUUGGCUGGAAAAUGGUCUCAGGAUUUGGACACUUCUGUUUUUUACUAGUUGGAAGCUAUAAAUCCUUCAACCAUU